AUGGCAGGAGCAGCGGAAGGUUGCCACUGUCAUGGUAUCUUCCCCAACCAUCCUCUCGAGACGUGCAGUGGCAGCGGCGGUGCGAGAGGAGAUUCAGGAGGCGCGGACCUUUGCGAGCGUGGUGAAGGGCCACCCUUCGCCGCCCCCCCCCCCUCCGGCCAGACCAAUCCCGGCGCCUCGCAAAUCUCGUCGCCAGCAACUCCAGGGACAGCAGUCCCUGGCUCUGCUGCCCCUAAGGCCCUGCCGGCAGCCACUGCUGUUCCUGAGGCCGCGCCUGCUGCAGCUGUCACUCUCGUGGCCCAGCCUGCUGCUAUUGUCCCCGGAGGCCGGCCCGCUGUGCUCACGGCUCCUAUGGCCCCGCCAGCUGCGACAUUAGCGUUGCCUCCAGCGGAACCGGCCUGCCAAAUCAUCGCCACCCUGCUGCACACCCUGCCGUCUGUGGGAGAAUCACUUCCUCUGGAUCACCCCCUUCGAGCCAUCUGUUUACAGACGGGAGGCUCUCUGCUCCCCACAGCCAAUCAUGGCUAG